GGGACAUCACUGGAUCCUGGUACCCUUUGGCCACCACCAUGUCUGGCAGGAAGCGCAGCGUCUCCUUUGGGGGCUUCGGAUGGAUUGACAAGACCAUGCUGGCGAGCCUGAAGGUCAAGAAGCAGGAGCUGGCCAACAGCUCGGAUGUGACCCUCCCAGACCAGCCGCUGUCCCCUCCUCUCACGGCGCCCCCCACCAUGAAGUUUUUCCAUAGGAUUCCUGGAUUUCUGUCCUGCCAUGUGCCCACAGUGGAGAGGUCUGACUGUAUGGAACGAACAAGAACUGACAUUGCAUUUCGUUCUGCGGAGUUCUUCGAGAUGCUGGAGAAAAUGCAGGGGAUCAAGCUUGAAGAGCAGAGGCCAGGACCCCAGAAGAACAAGGAUGACUAUAUUCCAUAUCCCAGCAUUGAUGAGGUUGUGGAGAAGGGGGGCCCGUACCCUCUGAUCAUCCUGCCCCAGUUUGGUGGCUAUUGGAUCGAGGACCCGGAGAACGUGGGCACACCAACAUCACUGGGCAGCAGCAUCUGUGAGGAUGAGGAAGAGGACGGGCUCAACCCCAACACCUUCGGCUAUAAGCUCGAGUGCAGGGCUGAGGCCAGAGCCUACCGCAGACACUUCCUGGGGAAGGAUCAUCUAAACUUUUACUGUACUGGCAGCAGCCUGGGGAACCUGAUCCUGUCCAUCAAGUGCGAGGAAGCGGAGGGGAUUGAGUACCUUCGGAUCAUUCUCAGGUCCAAAGUGAAGACAGUGCAUGAGCGGAUCCCCUUGGCUGGACUGAGCAAGCUGCCUAGCGUCCCUCAGAUUGCUAAGGCCUUCUGUGAUGAUGCUGUGGGGCUGAAAUUCAACCCUGUCCUGUACCCUAAGGCCUCCCAAAUGAUUGUGUCCUAUGACGAACAUGAUGUCAACAACACGUUCAAAUUUGGGGUCAUUUAUCAGAAAGCCAGGCAGACCCUAGAGGAGGAGCUAUUUUGGAACAACGAGGAGAGCCCAGCUUUCAAGGAGUUCUUGGACCUGCUGGGGGACACAAUCACACUGCAGGACUUUAAAGGUUUCCGAGGAGGCCUGGAUGUGACCCAUGGACAGACAGGGGUGGAGUCCGUGUACACUACAUUUCGGGACCGGGAGAUCAUGUUUCAUGUCUCUACCAAGCUGCCCUUCACUGAGGGCGAUGCCCAGCAGCUACAGCGAAAGAGACACAUUGGGAAUGACAUUGUGGCCAUCAUCUUCCAAGAAGAAAACACCCCAUUUGUCCCAGAUAUGAUUGCCUCCAAUUUCUUACAUGCCUACAUAGUUGUGCAGGUGGAGAGCCCAGGCACAGAGAUUCCAUCCUACAAGGUCUCUGUCACUGCAAGAGAAGAUGUGCCUGCCUUUGGUCCCCCUCUGCCCAACCCCCCUAUUUUCCAGAAGGGCCCAGAGUUCAGGGAGUUUCUGCUCACCAAGCUCACCAAUGCAGAGAAUGCUUGCUGCAAGUCGGACAAGUUUGCUAAGCUGGAGGACCGGACCAGGGCUGCCCUCCUGGACAACCUUCAUGAUGACCUGCACAUGCACACACAGGCCAUGCUAGGCCUGGGCCCCGAGGAGGACAAGUUUGAGAAUGGGGGUCAUGGGGGCUUCCUGGAGUCUUUUAAGAGGGCCAUCCGUGUGCGCAGCCACUCCAUGGAGACCGUGGUGGGCAGCCAGAGGAAGCUGCACAGUGGAGGCAUCCCUGGAAGCCUCAGUGGGGGUAUUGUUCACAACAGCAUGGAAGUCACCAAAACUACCUUCUCGCCUCCAGUGGCAGCAGCAACGGUGAAAAACCAGUCUCGGAGUCCCAUCAAGCGGCGGUCGGGGCUCUUUCCUCGCUUGCACACAGGCUCUGAAGGCCAGGGGGACAGCCGGACACGAUGCGACAGUGCAUCCAGCACCCCCAAGACUCCGGAUGGCGCACACUCUUCUCAGGAGAUAAAGUCUGAAACCUCAUCCAAUCCCAGCUCUCCAGAAAUCUGCCCCAACAAAGAGAAGCCCUUCAUAAAAUUGAAGGAGAAUGGCCGGGCCAACAUCUCCCGCUCCUCUUCCAGCACCAGCAGCUUCAGCAGCACUGCAGGGGAGGGUGAGGCCAUGGAGGAGUGUGACAGUGGGAGCAGCCAGCCAUCCACGACCUCACCUUUCAAGCAGGAUGUGUUUUUCUACAGUCAGUCUUCGAGCAGCGAGAGCCCUGGCCUGGGAGCAGCCGCCACGCCCAUCAUCAUGAGCCGGAGUCCCACAGAUGGCAAAAGCAGAAAUUCCCCGAGAUCAAACCUGAAAUUCCGCUUUGAUAAGCUCAGCCACGCCAGCUCCAGUGGGGGUCACUAAUGUGAAUGAAGAAUUCUUCUCCUGUCCAAGGUGAGGGAAGCCCCGAUUCUGUCCUGCAGAAGGCUCCUGUUCCGUCAGUUUGGGGGUGCCGUCCACUACUCUGAUCGUCACAGGCCCACCAGACCAGCUGUCUGUCCUGCGUCCUGACCUGGUCACAGUCUUUCCGGGUCCUUUGCCAACACACUUUUAUCUCUGGACAAGACCUUUUUUUGGAGGCUCUCCUGCUCCUGACCUCCCAGUGUGCUGUCUGUCUGGAAUGUUCGCCAACUUGUUUGUGUGUAGGAAAGACAGGUUGGGAAGGGAGGCUCUUAGUACAGGGGUUCAGCCAGAGGUGUGAGAGUGCAUCUGCUUCAGAGUCAGAGAGAGUGGUGGGUGGGGAGCAGAGGGGAAAGCACAGCAUGAAGUGUGCUCUGUUUGUCCUCUGUCACAGUGCAGUGUCCUCCUGGGCAUGGUAGAAAGGAGCUUUACCACCACCCGUGUGUGGAGCAGGGGUGCAGGGUCUGCUUCCUGAGAGCCAGAAUUCAUAGCAUCCUCCAGGCUGUCCUGAUAAAAAACAGCUCCUUUGUUCCUGUUUCUCUGGAGCUCCCAAAACAUCUCCCUGCUCUGGGCUAAGUACUUUAGACUUCUCUGUGGGCACAGGCAGUGGGCUGUGCUGUUCCCACUGUCAGUGCAUGCUGAGCCAGGCUUUCGCAGGUGGAAGCUCCAAGACAGACCUGGAUGUGUCUGGGGUCAUUGCCACACACAUCCUUGACUGUAAUGAAACUUUUCUCCUAGUUAAUUUCAUGCAGGUUCUGAGUAUCCUAGCUGUGGAAGAAGCCCUAGGCAAUCGCUCCCCUCUGAGCAGAUAUUUUUUUCCCCAUGAAGGAGUGGGAAGCCAGGAAUUCAGGGAAAGGAGAAGGAAUUCAGGGAAAAUGAAUGAGCCAGUGCUGGGAGAUCACUGGUUGAUAACCUCAGGGGCCAAGGGCUCAGCCAGGGUCUGUGGGAUCCAGAUCUCUAAUGCUUAUAGAAGUUCAAGGAAGACAUAACUGUUAUUUAAAGCACCCAUUUGUUGGAGAGGGAAAGGGAUAGAAGAGGGAUGACUUAGCAGGUUCUGGUUGGGCCAGUGUGCCGGGGUUGAUUUUAGGCACGUGGGGAGGAACACAGUGUCCCUCUGCAGUUGUGCCCUGCCCUUUGAGGAGUAGGCAGUGCUGCCUCAGGGGCUCCUCCUGGCUUCUGUGCCCAUUGACUGUGUCAGGGGCAUGAUUCCCUGGUUCUUCUCUUCGCUUCCCAGCUGCAGGUCUGUAGGUGGUUGUCACAUCAGUAAGAUUUCUGCAAGCCAGGCCUCAUGUGGCUGUGUGGUUAAGUCACUGCGUGCUGCCCCGUACCAGUGCCACCUUCUCUGGGAUGAUGAGCCAGCUUGUCCUGGGGAGCAGCCCUGCUGGAUCCUUGCCUGUCCGAGUCUGUAGGCCAUUUCUGCUGCUGGGUUUAGGGCAGGGUGUCUGCCAGGGAAAACACAGAAUCUUAACAGAUCUUGGGAGGUUCUGCAGCCUCAAAUGCAUAUGCGCCUUUGGGGCAGGGCUGCUGAGGUGACACAGCCUGGGCUCCCUGCUUUAAUGAACAAAUGACAAGAUUUCCAGUCAAGUGCUUUAUUUGUAUUAGGGAUCUGGACUAGCAAGCCAAAGCUUAGAAAUGGGACACACUUUUUUUUUUUUUUGGACUGACAUCAUAACUAUUUCUCCAUUGCUUUUGCCAUUAGGGCAAAUUUUUGAUAAUUUUUGUUCCCUAUUCUCAUAUUGGAUCCUACUUGCAGCCCAGGGGACCCCUCUUUCCCUCCCCCACCUUGAGAAAUGUGCUUACAUACAAUACUAGUUUGGUAAGAUUUAUCUAGUUAGAAGGUCAACAAAAUAUCUGUUUAGCUUUUAUUAAAAGUCAGUGUAGCGGCACCCUUUGCUGGAUGGAGGCCUGUGGAUUCUGGCAGGGUUCUGUUGGCUGGGUUUCUGAAGGAACUCGAAAGGUCAAACUGUAUUUUCUUUGAACACUCUUACGGCAUUCUGGCUCACAUCUCUGAAGAGCCAGUAUUUAGAGAUGUUUGGUGGCUGUGCCAUGCUGCAAUAUGGUCAAGGAGUCCUCUGGGCUUUCCAAGUUACUCUCAUGCUGUCAUGCUGGGGGAACCUCCUAUUUUCCUGUCACCCUCCGCAGUCCUCUCCUCCCAGUAGUGCCUCCAGGUCAGUGAUGAGGAUGGCAGGGUAUGUCCGGAGGAACCGGGAGGCACAAGUGUGCCUGCCCCACAGAGGCGUAGACCUGGGACGUGGUCUCCACUCUUCUUUGACCUUUGGGGUGCUCAGGGCAGGCUCUCACACACCCCUCCCUCUGGGUCAUGCCUCACCAUCUCUAGAAGGUCCUUCCUGUAGUUUCCACUAUGUACUGCCAGCCUGCCUGAGGUCCCCAUGCUGAGAGGAGAACAGGCAUGGGGUCUUUUCUGCCUUCACUCUUCUGGGCUGUGGGCGGUGUCUCAUGUUCCUGAGGGGCUUGUGCCCCCACACACUGAUCCAAAAUGUAUUUCCUCUUAUUUCUGUACUUAAUCAUGGGGCUCGGCCUGGGUAGAUGGUGCUCAUACUGGCAUUUGGGGCCUUUUUAAUGUGACCUUCAUGAGGAGUUCAUAUCUCUGUCCCUGAGGCCAUCUGACUCACUGCAGAAGCUGUUUUCCAGGCGGCCUAGGGCACCCAGCAGCCUCCAGCUGUGCUCAUGUUUAAAAGCAGAUGCAGCAAAGCUUGAGACGGAAGGUCUUAGCCAGAGUGCCUGUCUGUGGUGAUGAAUGUCAAACAGUGUUUCCUGGAUCGUAUUCAGCUUCAUGGGCGUCAGUUUGAUGCCCAGCCCUUAUGGCUCAUUGUAGCGUCUCAUCCAGCCACGUUGUUGUCCAGAUGAGAAACUUUAGCUCCAGUGAGGGGAGAGAGCUUGCUUGAGGUCACACAGCUAGCUAGUGACAGAGCUGGGACUGCAGCCCACACCCAGCUCCAUAGUUGGUAGAGCAGGCGGCUGCACUUCCUCGGGGUGCAUCUCUUCCUCACAAAGCACUGGCUAGGCGAGGUCAGUAGUAGCAGUGUGCUGAUGGGGCCUCAGGCUCUGCUGUUUUCAUGGUGGGGGGGCUCUUUUAGGUUGGUCAGCAAGGGCCCUGGAUUUGGGGUGCAACUUGAGCAAAGAAAACAGGAAGGGAAAAAGAUUUCUGACCAACUGCUUCUUCGUUCUUUAGCAGUAGAGGCCAGGCCAAAGGUACAGUGAGCCGCUCUUGGUUUUGUUGCUCUAAAUUAUGAUGGAAGGAAAAAGGAAACUUUAUUUCUCCCUGAUUCUCUCGUGCCCCCUUGUGGUAGUAGGGAUGGAACUCAGGGCCUUAUGUAUACUAGACAAGGGCUCUACCGCCAAGCUAUACCCCAGCCUCUUCCUGAUACUUCAAUGAAGGUUGUUAAUAAAAGUGGGACACAGCUUAUUUUACUUUCCUUACCCUGACCCUUGAAGGUGCCAGCUCAAACACUACCCUUUUCAGUGUAUCUUAGUCAAUAGAGACCAGUCUGUUGUGGGGGAGUUGUUGGGGGUUCAAGUAGAUCUUAUGGCUCCACAGGCUGGCAUGGACCAGACCAGUCUACUGCUCUGAGAAGCUCAUUGCCGCUUCCCAGCCUCUAGGUACCCCCUUACCAAAAGCAAGGGCUGGGCACUGCACCUACGGGCAUUUUACUGCCAAGCCUUGGAAGCCAUUAGUCCCUUUCCCUCCCCAACCUCACAUGCCUCUCCUUUCAGGGUGGCCAAGUGCUCCCUUGAAAAGAAGGCAGUCCCCUAGAGUGAAGGUCAGCAGAGCCCUAUCUGGGGAGAGUCUAGUAGACAGUGCUCUGUCCUUUGCCAGACCAGCCCCAGCAAGCAGAGGUUUGACUGCAGACUGGAACUUAAUUGCCAUCGUCUUUGAUUUUUGUGACAUUUCUGCUUGGAAGGGUGAGACUCCCCUUCCCACUCCUUAGCAUGUGUGCCAACUCUCCUGUGUCUUGGGUGUUACCCUCUAACACUCCAGCUCAGGGAGUGCUGCCGUCUGUGUGAAGAGAUUCCUGUGUGAUAGAACCUAAGACGUAUAGCUUGGAAGUGGUCCCUGUGACGAUGACUUUUCCUUCUUUCCUCUUAGUGAGGAGGUGAAUUGUAGACCCUGACUGCCUAUGUCAUGUAAAUAGUGUACAUUUAAUUUAUUGCUAUGGUAGCACAUUGUAUUUGUUAAUGUAUAAAACAAAUUCUAAAAGGUUGACAAAUGUAUAUUUUGUUGCUUAAAUGUGUCUUUGCAGAAAUUGAC